GCCGCGGCCGGAAGCCCUGGUGCGCUUCCCGUUCCCGUGGCGGGCGGCGGGGCCGCUGGCGGCGGCCGGGCUGGAGCCUCCGCGGGCUGGGUGAGCGCUGGAAGCGCCCGGGAACGGACGGACGGACGGACAGACGUUUCCGUAUGCAUGGAUGUCACCUGAACCUUCUUAGCAGACCUUAAAUUGUGUGUCAGCUUACCCUAGCCAUGAGUGGCUCCAAACCUGAUAUCCUGUGGGCCCCACACCACGUUGACAGAUUUGUUGUGUGCGAUUCAGAGCUGAGCCUGUAUCACAUUGACUCUGCUGUGAGCUCGGAGCUCAAGGCAGGGUCCCUGCGGCUGUCGGAGGAGACUACGGCCACGCUGCUGUCCAUAAACUCGGACACUCCCUACAUGAAAUGUGUGGCUUGGUAUCCCAAGUAUGAUCCCGAGUGUCUCCUUGCCGUUGGACAGGCCAAUGGCCGAGUGGUGCUUACCAGCCUGGGGCAAGAUCACAACUCCAAAUCCAAAGAUUUGAUAGGCAAGGAGUUUGUUCCCAAGCAUGCUCGGCAGUGCAAUACCCUGGCCUGGAACCCCCUGGACAGCAACUGGCUUGCUGCUGGGCUGGAUAAACAUCGGGCUGACUUUUCUGUGCUGAUCUGGGACAUCAGCAGCAAAUAUGCCCCAGAGACUGCAGUUGCUACAGAGAAAGUGAGGCUUUCAGCAGGAGAUGCAGAGGCAGGCCUGGUAGUUACAAAACCACUGUAUGAAUUAGGGCAGAAUGAUGCUUGUCUCUCUCUCUGUUGGCUUCCACGGGAUCAGAAACUGCUCUUAGCUGGAAUGCAUCGAAAUCUGGCUAUCUUUGAUCUUAGGAACACAAGCCAAAAAAUAUUUGUAAACACCAAGGCUGUCCAAGGAGUGACUGUUGAUCCCUAUUUCCACGAUCGUGUUGCUUCCUUCUAUGAAGGUCAGGUUGCCAUAUGGGAUUUAAGAAAGUUUGAAAAGCCUGUUUUGACCCUGACAGAGCAACCAAAACCCUUAACAAAAGUUGCAUGGUGUCCAACAAGGACUGGACUGUUAGCUACUUUAACAAGGGAUAGUAACAUCAUUAGACUGUAUGACAUGCAGCAUACUCCCACCCCUAUUGGAGAUGAAACUGAGCCAACAAUAAUUGAGAGAAGUGUCCAGCCAUGUGAAAAUUACAUUGCUUCAUUUGCCUGGCAUCCCACAAGCCAGAACCGAAUGGUGGUAGUGACUCCCAACAGGACUAUGUCUGACUUCACUGUUUUUGAAAGAAUUUCUCUUGCAUGGAGCCCAGUGACAUCCUUAAUGUGGGCCUGUGGACGACAUUUGUAUGAGUGUACAGAAGAGGGAAAGGCUAGCUCCUUGGAAAAAGACAUUGCAACCAAAAUGCGCCUCAGAGCUCUCUCACGGUAUGGUCUUGAUACUGAACAAGUUUGGAGAAAUCACCUCCUAGCUGGAAAUGAAGAUCCUCAGCUGAAGUCCCUUUGGUACACUCUGCAUUUUAUGAAGCAGUAUACUGAAGAUAUGGAUCAAAAACUUACAGGAAACAAAGGUCCCUUAGUUUACACUGGCAUUAAAUCAAUUGUGAAGUCAUCUUUGGGAACAACGGAGAACCUCAGGCACAGCAGGAGUGGAUCUGAUAGACAGGCAGAUAUUAUUCAGUAUCUGAGUGAGGAGAGAUCUUUGGCUUUGCAGCUCUGUGGGUGGAUAAAGAAGGGAACAGACUUAGAUGUGGAACCUUUCCUAAAUUCAUUGGAACAGGAGGGAGACUGGGAGCGAGCUGCUGCUGUAGCACUUUUCAACUUGGACAUACGGCGAGCAAUACAAAUUCUGAAUAAAGGGGCUUCCUCAGGAAAAGGUGAUCUGAACCUUAAUGUUGUAGCAAUGGCUCUGUCAGGCUACACAGAUGAGAAGAAUUCACUUUGGAGAGAAAUGUGCAGUACUCUGAGACUGCAGUUGAACAAUCCCUACUUGUGUGCUAUGUUUGCUUUCCUGACGAGUGAGUCUGGUUCAUAUGAUGGUGUUUUGUAUGAGAAUAACGUGGCUGUACGAGACAGAGUGGCAUUUGCUUGCAAGUUCCUCAACGAUGCUCAGCUCAACAGAUUUAUUGAAAAGCUGACAAAUGAAAUGAAAGAGGCUGGGAAUUUGGAGGGAAUACUGUUAACAGGGCUGACAAAAGAUGGAGUUGACUUGAUGGAAAGUUAUGUUGAUAGAACUGGAGAUGUCCAGACGGCAAGCUAUUGCAUGCUGCAGGGUUCUCCAUCAGAUGUACUUAAGGAUGAAAGGGUUCAGUACUGGAUUGAGAACUACAGGAAUCUUUUAGAUGCCUGGAGGUUUUGGCAUAAACGUGCAGAAUUUGAUAUUCAUAGGAGUAAGCUGGAUCCCAGCUCAAAGCCUUUAGCCCAGGUGUUUGUGAGUUGCAAUUUCUGUGGGAAAUCAAUCUCUUACAGCUGCUCAGCUAUUCCUCACCAGGGGCGCGGUUUUAGCCAGUAUGGAGUCAGCGGUUCCCCCACCAAGUCCAAAGUUACGAGCUGUCCUGGUUGCCGUAAGCCCCUUCCCCGCUGUGCACUUUGCCUGAUAAAUAUGGGAACACCAGUUUCCAGCUGUCCAGGAGGAUCCAAGUCAGAUGAAAAAGUGGAUCUUAGCAAAGACAAGAAGUUAGCCCAGUUCAACAACUGGUUUACUUGGUGUCACAACUGUAGGCAUGGUGGACAUGCUGGACAUAUGCUGAGCUGGUUCAGGGACCAUACUGAGUGCCCAGUUUCUGCCUGCUCUUGUAAGUGUAUGCAGCUGGAUACAACAGGGAAUCUCGUUCCAGCAGAGACUGUCCAGGCAUAAAUACUGUUAGAAAAUGUGUGGCUCUCUGAUGGAUGUCCAUCACAGUCCAAGCAGAUAUUUUAGACAAGGUAAUUUGUGACUUACUGUGAAAAAAUAAAUUGCUAUCAAAGUAGUAAAA